AUGGAUCUUUCCCGCAUUACGAGUCUUCCGGAAAAGGUGAAGGUGGAUCUGGCGUUGGCGUUCUUGUCAACGCUGCUGGGCCGAAGGCAUCAGAGCCUAUUGAGGUUAGCCGAGAAGCCGGACAUGGAACCUGGCGAUGACAGCCCAACGUCCUUCGACGCAGGAUCUCCGGAAGUCAAGCUGCGAGAAGCUCUCGACAGCCAUGUGAGCACAGCGUUCUCUGGCAUGGUUCGACUGCUGGGUUUUGGAGAUGCCAAACGGGAGGCAAAGGUGACGGAGCUGGCAUCUAGCUAUCUGAAGGUGGGGCAGACGUUCAAUCGUUCUGCCAUUUUUGCCCAGCGAGUGAGCUUCCUGCCAUGCGUUCCCCACGGAGUCUGUGCAAGGUUCGUGGACCAUGGUGAGGAUGGACGUGCCAUGCGUGUCCAAGUCUACAGAUACUGGACAGCACUGGAUGAGGUGGAUGCAAAGGGCAGCUUCAAGAGGACCGAUGCCACAUACCGACAUGUGAUUGAGGAAGGCGGUCGCUUCGAACCGGCAUGGGGCCGGUACCACCUCUAUGUGGCUCUUGCAUGCCCGUGGGCAGACGGAGCUCUGGCGGCGCUUUACCUCAAAGGCCUUGAGCAUGUCAUCAGCUUCAGCGUGGUCCACCCGACCUGGCAAAGAUCUCGGCCAGAGAACCCGAGCGACAUGCACUGUGGCUGGGCGUUUCGAAACCCUGGGGACCCGCCUCUGGCAAAUUCACUGGGAUUUGGCAAAUUUGAGUGCGAUGAUGCGCUCGUUGCUGACAUCGUGAAUAAUUGCAAGUUCGUCAGAGACUUGUACGAGAAGUCAAACGACAAGGCUGGCAAGUACAGCACACCUGUGCUCUGGGAUAAGAAAGAAGGCACAAUCGUUAACAACGAGUCCAUGGAUAUCCUGAAGAUGUUCAACGCAAAGUUCAACAAGUUUGCCAAGAAUCCGGAGUUGGAUUUGUUCCCAGCACACCUAGCCAAAGUGGCUGAAGAGGCAAAUGCAUGGAUCUAUCCCAACAUCAACAAUGGUGUCUACAGAUGUGGCUUUGCCAAAACCCAGGAAGCCUACGACAUGGCCGUGAAGGACCUGGCCGGUGCUUUGGAGAAGGCGGAGAGCCUCUUGGCGAAACAGCGCUAUGUCUGUGGGGACACCUUCACUUUCAUGGACCUAAGACUCUUCAUGACCCUCGUGCGAUUCGACCCUGUGUACGUGGUUUAUUUCAAGACCAACGUGGGCACGAUUGAGAUGAACUACCCCAACCUCUACAACUACAUCAAGGACAUCUAUCAGUUCGGGAAUAUGUCCAAAGCCAUCAACAUGAGACACAUCAAGAUGCAUUACUUCACCUCGCACCCGGACUUGAACAAGUUUGCAAUCAUCCCAAAGGGGCGUGAUAUGGACUUGGCCGGACCGCACAAUCGGGGAAAGGCUGGAAAGGCUGUUGAAGUGUCAUGCUGGGCGAAGGUCAUGGAGCUUAUAUCACCAAGCCAGAAGUGA